AUGUACGACGCCGACGAGGCGCGGACGUUCGGGCGACAACACGGAAGCACGGAGGUUUUGAGCGCGCUGACGACGGAGGAGGCGCGGACGAUUCCGGCGCGGGCGAUCGCGGUGCACGCGGGGGAAAAGAGCGAGAGCUACGUGCGAGGCGAGGACGGGGAGCUUUACGAGAUGAUGGCGUGUGGGAGGACGCGGACGCGCGCGCACGCGCCGUCGUCGCCGAGAGCGGUGGUGACGGUGCAUAGCUCGGAGGUUAACGAAGACGCGGGGGCCAUCGGCGCCGCGGGGCGGAGGUAUCGAGGGUCGUUCAACUCUCUUCUCUUGCUCGAGGCGCAAGAGUUGAGCACCGGACGGGCAUCCUCGGCGAGUGGGUGA